AGGAGUAACCUCAUCAAGGUGUUCCAGCACUAAUGCCCGUGCCUGCCGCAAGUCCUCCAUGUUUUCUCCAUAGCACCGGCAACACCGCCGCCGCAACCACCUGUCCUUCCUCUUCGAUUUUCUUCUCCCGCACUAGAACCCUUUUUCCUCCUUCUCGUUUCUCUCUUGUCAUCUAUGGUUUCCAGCAUUGUGAUUUUUUCGGCUCUUUGCGAGAGUGAUGAUGUGAGUGGCUGAUGUUCAGUGGUGGGAAUAUAUGAUUUUAGGGGUGCAGAAAGAAACAAUGGGGGUGCAGGAAGAAAAGGCCAGCAGUAACCCAUUCCUAUCAGGUCCACAAAACCGAGCUCAGUCCGAGGCAGCCAAACCCAAUACACGCUCGUCCACCCCUCUGUGUCUCGCUCUCUCACUCCACACAGGUCUCUCUCCAAAACACGCUGAUCUAACUCUCACAUUCUCUCAACAACACUAACUCACUCGUCAAGCCACUCUCACAUUCUCUCAACAACACUAACUCACUCGUCAAGCCACAACACACUGCCUCAUGCCGGCGCCAAAGACGCAACGGCUUCGACCUGUGACGGCCUCGGCCCGACUUUCUCUUGGUAGGUUAUUGUGUUGAUUCCUUGACCCAGAGCGGGUUUAUCUGGGUUAACAACCCACCAAACCUUGGUGGACCGAAACGGGUUCAAUGCUUACAGCUUCAGUUCAGGUGGGCCGGUUCAGCCCGUUUAGAGGGUGGGCCAAAAUGGGCCGCACUGCAUAAACCUACACUAGGUAGCAGUGUCAGAAGAACAAACUAGAGCUUCUGCUUCUGCUGCUGCUUCUUCUCACGUAGUUUGAUUCCUCCCAGUGUUGUGGUGGAGUUGCUGUCCCUGUUCUUUUGAUCGGUGCAAAAAUGCCACCAGAUAUUACUUACCAGCACCCUUUGUUUGGUGGCAAAAUAUCUUGCACGUUCCCCAACAGGUUCCAGGAUGUCAGCGACAUUCGUGAAGUCCCUGAUCAUCAGGAGGUGUUCGCCGACCCGAACCGAGACGAAAGCUUGAUCAUUGAGCUUUUAGAAUUCAAGUCUGACGUUGCUGAUAACGAGAGUGCUGUUUGGUUUCUUCACGACCUUGCUAGUGAAGAGGAUGCUGAAGGAACUCUGGUUAUUGAGCAGUCAGGAGUUCUGGAAGCACCUGGUGUGACGUACUACAAUACUCCUGCAGUUGUAACAACUGCAGUGGGUCAGAUGGCAAUAUCCAAAGGUCGGCAAGGAAGGGAAGCACAAAAUAUUGUGAAAGUUUAUUUGGCAAAUUUGCGUCUUAAAGAAGUUGAUACCGAUGUUCUUAUCACUGCAUACGAGCCAAUUGUUAUAAACCCUUUGAGCGAAAGCGCAGUCACAGUUGGUGCUGGUGUAGCCGUUCCAGCUGCUCAAGUUGGAUGUACGCCCAUGGAUGAGGUCUUUAAACUGGCUGUUACAAGCUUCAGGGUUCUUGACUGGAGUCUUUUUUGAUGCAAGACCCUAGGUAUGCCCGGAGCAAGUUUUUGCUAAACUGUGUGGAGCCAGGCUUUAAAGUUUUUAUUUUAGUGAAAUUUGGGAAAGGUGCAAAUGCCAUUUUUAUCACUGUAUAUCCCUCAUGUGUUUUUUCUUUGGUCCGUAAGUACUCCAAUUUUUUGGCAUUUGGUCAUGUUUCAUGAUUUCACAUAGUUAACUUCGGAUUGUCACUUGUAACUGGAUAGAAUAAUGUGUUUGGAAAUGUCAGUGACUUUUCCCUUUAAGGAGGUGAUAGAUUGGAGUUUGUAAUAAUGGUUAACGUUACUUUAGAUGUUGCUUUAUACCCAGCAACCUGGGACAGGAACAACGUGCCUCCUGGAAGCACUGUGAUUGCAGCACAAAAGGGCCAUAGCCACCAGCUUGUACGUGGUAGGGUUAUCUAUUAUUGAGUUUUGGUGGGCAAAGUAGCUAUGGACAAAAUGAUGAAACACUUGAAGAGAGACUUGUAGACAAGCUUUGCCUACUAUAGACUUUCAAAUCAAUAGGUGACAGACAUGUUUCGUGUUAGAGAUGAACUUGCAUUUAAAAAUGUCUUUUUACAAGUCA